AUGAAUGUUAAAAACGAGACUAACAUGCAACAAAAUAUACAAUUUCUUCCUGACAUUAUGUUAUCACCAUUAUCAUUAUCCGAAGAUUUAUUUCCACCAUUGGUCGCUCCAAAGCCUCAAAAAAUUUCCCCAAUAGUAUCAAAAGACAUUGCUGGUAAUGCAUCUCCUACAUAUGGAAAUCAUAUAACUUCUCAAAAUGCACAGCAGGCAUUUUCACCUAUUCAUGAUUAUCCAAUAAAAUACAAUCAGCAAAAUCGCUAUUUUUACGAAAACUAUUCUAAUAAUAGUAGCCAAACUUCUUUAGGAACUCCUACACCAGGACAAUAUAUCCAUGGGCAACAAUCUCCUGAGUUUAUUAUUGGAUCAGACGGUAAUCCAACACCACCAUCCCUGUUGAAAACAGGGCACUUAUAUGGAAAUCGUACUUCUACACCUGAACUUCGCCUUUCUAUGAGUAGUACUGGUUCAAGAUCACCUGUUAUAAGGUUAUUAAUAGAUGAAAAAAAAGAAAAACGUCGAUCAAUGACCUCAUUAACAUUAAAAAAUGAUGAAACUGCUCUUCAGAAAUACGCCGAAGCUGCCAAAAAACUUAAUGAUCCCAACAUACAAAUAGAUUAUGCAAAAUUUCUUAUUAAUAUGGAGGAGAACCAUACAAAGUCCAAUGAAACUAAUGGCUCAGAAUCUGUUGAAGAAGACCCUACAACCAAUAAAUUUCGUGAAGAAAUUAAAUAUUGGAUUAAUUUACUUGUUAAAAACAAUCAUCCCGAAGCUUUGUAUAUUAAAGGCACUUGGUACGAACAUGGAAAGUAUGGUAAGAAAGUUAAGCCAGAUAAAGCCUACAAGUUAUAUUUAUCAUCAACAAAGUGUGAUUUUUCAAAGGCAGCAUACAAAGUUGCUCAACACUGUGAAAGAAAUCGAGAUGUCAAAAGAGCAAUUCAAUUUUACAAAAAAAGCGCAGCACAAGGAAAUGUUCCAUCAUUAUACCGACUUGCUCAAAUUGAUAUGCUGGGUGAUUUUAAACAAGAGAGUAAUCAUAAACAAGCCUUAAUAUAUUUGAAACAAGCAGCGGCAAAAGCUGACGAAGAAUGUCCAGAAGUAGCAUAUGUUUAUGGAAUGUUGUUAGCCAAACAGUAUAGAAAGGCAAAUAUUCCGGAUGAUCUUGUUUCUCCAGAUGAUUAUGCAGCCAAGGAUUUCAUAAAAAAAGCUGCAAACUUAGGUUACGGGCCAGCUUUAUACAAAAUGGGGCAUUGUUACGAGUAUAAGAAACUUACUUGUCCAUUUGAUCCCUUACUUUCUAUUUCAUAUUAUAAACGAGCUUCGGAAAUGGGCGAAGAAAAGGCAGACUUGGCAUUGAGUAGAUGGUAUCUUUGUGGAGCUAAAGGUUGUUUUGAUCCAGAUGAAGCUUUAGCUUAUGAACACGCUGAAAAGGCUGCAUCAAAAGGAAUUGCAGAAGCUGAAUUUAUGAUGGGAUAUUUUUAUGAUAUGGGAAUUCAUGUGCCUGCGAAUGCUCAAAUAGCAAAUGAAUGGUUCACAAAGGCUGCAGAGAAAGGUAACGAAGAUGCAAAAAAAAGGUUAGAUAAGGGAAUAACUGAUAAGGACUUUGAAGAAAUUAUUGAACUAAAAAAACAAUCUAAAGAUUUUAAUGCAUUGCAUGAAGACCAACACUUGAAUGUUUGUAAAUAUUAUAGACAUGUGUAUGACACACCAUCAACCAAGGAAGAUGAAUCUAAAUGGAAAGGUUUUAGAAAACGUAAUUUAUUUAUUAUUCUUUCACCUUAUGAUAAUGAACAAAACGAUUUAUUAAAUCGUAUAUACAAAGAUCCUAAUCUUGUCAAAAUGACUUUACAUUAUGAACUUACUAAACAUUUUAUAACACACGAAUCGAUUCCAUGGUCUAUGAUUCAAGGAAUAUAUGGUACAGAAUUGAGACAAACAUUAGUCUUUCCACAAAGUGAUGAAUAUGGAGAAAACAUUGAAGAAUCAGAACAAAGAUAUUAUCCUCAAUUAUUGGAUCUUAAUGAUUAG